UCUCGCCGGCCAUCACUGUUCUCAGCGUCACCCUCGACUGACAUCAUGGCUUACAAGUUUGCAGCGCUGGCGUUUGUGCUGGGCGUGGCCUUGGCUGCUCCCCAGUACGACUACGAGCCUCCUGCAGCGCCGUCCUCCCUCUACGAGACCCCGGCGGAGAGCGUGCAGGAGCCCGUCCAGCUCUACGAGGCGCCCUCCGAGAACAUCCUGGUCGCUGAGCCCCAGAACCUUGUGCCGGAUGUUGUCAGCCCUCCCCAGCCCAUGGAGGGAAUGCCAUACGAGUUCCAGUGGGGCGUCGAGGAUGGAGAGAGCAGCAACGCCUUCAGCCACGUCGAGAGCAGUGACGGCCAGACGACCCAGGGCGAGUACCGCGUCCUGCUCCCCGACGGAAGAACUCAGAUUGUGAGGUUCUUCGAUAACGGCAACGGCUUCAACGCUGAGGUCACCUACGAGAAGUAAAGCGCCUCGACUGGACAUCAUCUCGCGUCCAUCUUAGUGUGAUAUUUCAUAGUAUAUAUUUUUCUAGGUUACAUUACAUAUUUAUCGCUACUGUAACUUCCAUAGAAUUUCUCCUCAACCCGAAUAAAGCAUAUUUUCAUUCAA